GCGUAGUACUGUACAUUUCUCCAAACCAAGUCGACUCCUCUCCACAUACUCUUAAUGAUAGCCGGGCUAGAUAUAGCUACAGUAUUUACCUAUACCUUAACGUGCAAGCUUAACUUUAUAUACGAUAUCAUUAGCAUUGUGGUCCGCCUGGUUUGGUCACGCGACGCACCAGCUGUUGUCGCAGCAAACUAACGACCAAGAACAUGGGACGGAAAGUGACCCUCGCUACUUGCUCAUUGAAUCAGUGGGCUUUGGACUUCGACGGCAACCUAGAGAGAAUACUGAAGAGUAUUGAGAUUGCUAAAGCUCACGGAGCCAAAUACAGACUGGGCCCAGAGCUGGAGAUAUGCGGCUAUGGCUGCGCUGACCACUUCUAUGAGUCAGACACGUUGCUCCACAGCUUUCAGGUCCUGAGGAAGCUUCUAGAGUCUCCUGUCACCCAGGACAUCAUCUGUGAUGUGGGGAUGCCCAUCAUGCAUCAUAAUGUGCUCUACAACUGUCGGGUCCUUUUCCUCAACAGAAAAAUACUGCUGAUCAGACCUAAAAUGCUGAUGGCCAAUUACGGGGUCUACAGAGAAUUGCGCUGGUUCUCACCUUGGAAGCAGUUAAGGCAGGUGGAGGAGUAUUUUCUACCCCGAAUGAUCCAGGAGGUAACGGGGCAGGAUACAGUCCCAUUCGGUGACUGUGUGCUGUCCACGAAGGACACCUGCAUUGGCACUGAGUUAUGCCAAGAGCUCUGGCACCCCAGAAGCCCCCAUAUUCAGAUGGGUCUGGAUGGGGUUGAAAUCUUUACAAAUGCGUCUGCCAGCCACCACGUGCUCCGCAAAGCUGACCAAAGAGUCAACCUGAUCAAGUCAGCCACCACCAAGAGUGGCGGAAUCUACCUUUACGCCAACCAGAGGGGCUGUGAUGGAGACCGUGUCUACUAUGACGGUUGUGCCAUGGUGGCCAUCAACGGAGACAUCGUGUCACUGGGAGCGGAAUUCUCGCUUAAUGAUGUGGAGGUGAUUACAGCCACUCUUGACCUUGAGGAUGUGCGUAGCUACCGAGGGGAAAUUUGCCAGCCGAACAUGGAAAUUGAACCCAAACCGUGCCACAGGGUCAAAGUUGACUUUUCUUUAUCCAAUGGUGACGAUAUCUACCUCCCUACCCACCAACCAAUAACAUUGCACUUCCAUUCACCAGAGGAAGAGAUCAGUCUAGGGCCGGCCUGCUGGCUGUGGGACUACCUGAGGAGAAGUGGACAGGCUGGUUUCCUGUUGCCUCUGAGUGGAGGUGUCGACAGCUCCUCCACCGCCUGCAUUGUCCACUCGAUGUGCGUGCUGCUCUGCCAGGCUAUAGAGGACGGCAACAGCCAGGUACUGGAGGAUGUCCGCAGAGUGGUAGGGGAUGACUCCUACCGUCCCGAGCACCCGAGGGAGCUGUGUGGUCACAUCUUCACCACCUGCUACAUGGCCAGCGAAAACUCCUCAGAGGACACAUGCAGCAGGGCCAAAGGCCUGGCCAAUCAGAUCGGCAGCACACACAUGAAUAUUAACAUAGAUCUGGCAGUGAAAGGCAUUCUGGGUAUAUUCUCAGUGGUUACUGGAAGGUGGCCUCAGUUUCGAGCCAAUGGAGGAAGCCACAGAGAAAACCUGGCUCUGCAGAAUGUACAGGCUCGAGUCAGGAUGGUCCUGGCCUACCUGUUUGCCCAGCUAAGUCUGUGGGCCCGGGGGAAGCCAGGGGGAUUGCUGGUGCUGGGCUCAGCUAACGUAGAUGAGAGUCUGACAGGGUAUUUCACAAAGUACGACUGCUCCAGUGCCGACAUCAACCCCAUAGGAGGCAUCAGCAAGACGGACCUGAAGAGCUUCCUGCUCUACUGUGUCGAGCAGUUCCAGCUCACCGCUCUGAGAGGCAUCCUGUCGGCUCCGCCCACAGCUGAGCUGGAGCCGCUGACAGACGGGCAGGUCUCACAAACAGAUGAGGCAGACAUGGGAAUGACCUACUCUGAGUUAUCCGUGAUCGGACGGCUGAGGAAGAUCUCCAAGUGCGGCCCCUUCAGUAUGUUCUGUAAACUCAUUCACAUGUGGAGGGACACGCUCUCACCCGCAGAGGUUGCACAGAAGGUGAAGCACUUCUUCCGGAUGUACUCGGUGAACCGCCACAAGAUGACCACAGUGACGCCGUCCUACCACGCCGAGAGCUACAGCCCCGACGACAACCGCUUUGACCUCCGACCUUUCCUCUACAACACACGCUGGACCUGGCAGUUCAGGUGCAUCGACAACCAGAUACCACUGCUGAGGGUUCCGUUGCUGGUUGCUGCUGCUGGAGGGACUUCCUGGCCGGCUGGAAUAAAGGAUGCGCCCCCUAAAACAGAACCUUUAAAUGCAGGAAGUGGCCAAUUGGAAAGUACUAAGUGUCUGCCACAUUCUGGUGUCCCAGAUGACAGAUAACACCCCAAAGCAAUACGAACCUAAGGUCUUCAGUGUCCUGAGAAAAUCCAUCACAUCUGUGACGGAUCAAAAGGAUCGAUUAUGUGGUGAUUUAUGUGGCACUUUCAGUUAAGCCAAAUACUUUGAACUGUGUCAAGCAGGAGAAAAAAAUAAAAAAAUUUCAGGGACUAUAUCGAACCUUUGUUCUACCUCAGUGUCACAAAUGUUCCAAGGGCUAUCAUUCCCAGAUGUUGCUCAGCAGCAUGAAAAUAUUGCAAAAUAUGCAAAAUGUUUAAUCACAGCGUAAGAAGUAAUGGCUCCUCCACCUCUCUUUACAUUGCAUGUGAUUAGUACCAACUAAAAAAAGAAAUAUUAUUCAUUACUAUUUGGAAGCCUAAUAUCAAUAUUGUGAAUAUGACUAAAGCCACUGCAGGUUGUUUUUUAAAAAGUUGAUGUCUGAUUUAACCUGUAUGUGAUAUAGCAAAUAUAUUGAAAUGUCAUAUUAGUUAUAUGGUGUUAAAGCCAAGAAAAAAAGUUUAUAUUCAUAUUGUGGCCGGUAAAAGUCCAAUAUAUAUACACAGUAUGUGCAGUUAGCAUUAGCUUGUUUAAUUCUAAUUUGAAUGUUUCAGAUAUUUUUAUCUGUAUACCUUUUAAGAAAAACAGCUGAAUUGAAUCAAAUUUGCCUCAGUAUAAUCACAGAAAUGUAUUUCAUAUAUAUAUAUAUAUAUAUAUAUAUAUAUAACGAUUUGUUUAGCUUAUAUCAACGGAUUCAGUCUUCAGCCAUGCUCGUGGCUCAGUGACGGUGUACUUACUGUAGGUUCAGUGGUGCUGAGCUAAAUGCUAACAUUAGCAUGCUGACAUGAUAACAAUGAACAUGUUAAUAAGUUGAUAAUGUUAUAUUGGCCUUCUUGUCAGGUUAGCAUGCUAGCAUUUACUAAUUAGCACUGAAUGUUAGUAGUUUUGCAGUUAUUUGGUGCUAAGUCAACGUAUUGGACACAUAUAAGUUCAUACCUGAUGAUGGCGCUGGAUGAAUAUUGCUACAUCUUCUGGGCACCAUGAAUGUCUGUACGAACUCCCAAAGGCAAUUCAUCCAAUAGUUGUUGGGAUGGUUCAGUCAAAGACGCAGUUGUCAACCUCAUGGUGGCCGUAGAUGAAAAGUCAAGGAAAUGACAAAAUAUUUGGGAUUCAUCCUCUGGGA